AAUAACGUUAAAACUAUGUUUUUAAACUUUAAUCAUCAUCAUCAUCGCUGUUGCUCAUCUCCCCUGCUGCGUCUUAUGUCAUAUGCUACUUUUAACGUGCGUGACAACCUUCGCUUCUGCUUGAAUUGCCCCCCUCUCCCUACCCUUUCCUCAAUUUCCGUCAGCUCAAGCGCUUUCCCCCCGCGUAUAUAGAUACAAGACUUUGGAGAGGCGUAUAGAAAUUUUCGAGCUUUUUUUGUGAUUGCGUGUAUGGGUUUGCAGAUAUAAGAUUUGGUGGCAAGUGUAGAGUGAAGGAGGAGUACUUGCCAAGUGUGGAGUUGGAAAAUCUGUUGACUUCUCGCUGAUUAUAUGCAUUUAGAGCUGGGGAUUUCGCCAAUUUAUCAUGAAUGCAGAGAGCAUGGGCGCCGGCGACUCCAGGUUGCCGGAAGUUUCUGGGUUUCUCCGUGCGGUAGAUUUUGAUUUUGAGUGCUCAGUUUUGUAUGGAUGCUUUAAGUUGCUAAAGUGGUAGGAAGCUUCUGGGUUUCUUUGAUCAUCUUUCAAUUCAUUUCUAGCUUGAAGUUGUGUGGUAGAAUUGAUUAGAUAUGAGUAGAAGGGUGCGGAGGAAAUUGGAUAGUGUAGGGAUUGAUGAGAAUAAUCAUUCAGAUAAGAGUGGGGAGGUUGAUUGGACUAGGUUGGCUGAUGAUACUGUGAUUCAGCUAUUUUCCUCUCUGAACAUUCGUGAUCGGGCAAGCUUGGCUUCAACAUGCCGGGCUUGGAGAGCUUUGGGUAUGUCCCGAUGUUUAUGGCAGCAGAUCGAUCUUCGAUCCUACAAGUUCGAUGCUGCCACUGCAGCUUCUCUUGCUUCGAGGUGUGGGAGCCUUAAAAAGCUUCGUUUUCGCAGUGCAGAAUCUGCAGAUGCGAUUAUACACCUUAAAGCUAGGGAUCUGAGGGAGAUUAGUGGCGAAUAUUGCCGAAAGAUCACAGAUGCUUCACUUGCUAUGAUUGUGGCUAGACACGAGGCACUAGAAAGUUUGCAGCUUGGCCCGGAUUUUUGUGAGAGGAUUAGCAGUAGUGCAAUAAAAGCGAUUGCUAUAUGUUGUUCUCGUCUCUGUAAACUUAGGCUUUGUGGUAUACGAGGUGUAGAUGGAGAUGCCAUCAAUGCUUUAGCUAAGCAUUGCAAAAACUUAAUGGACGUUGGAUUUAUGGACUGUCUAAAUGUCGAUGAGAUAGGGAUAGGGCAGGUUUUAUCCCUUAAAUUUCUUUCGGUUGCAGGAACAACCAAUAUGAAGUGGAAUUUGGCUUCGCAACAUUGGAGCGAGCUGCCUAACUUGAUUGGUUUGGAUGUUUCUAGAACGGAUAUCUCGUGUAGUGCUAUCGAAAGAAUGUUUUCGUCCUCAAAAAGCUUAAAGGUUUUAUGUGCUUUAUAUUGCCCAGCGCUUGAUAAAAGUCCCACCUUUGUUUCCCAUAACAAUAACAAAGGUAAACUGCUACUCACUCUCUCCACAGACGUUUUUAAAGAGGUAGCUUCGUUGUUUAUCGGUACUAUAAAUAAAGAGAGGAAUAUUUUUUUGGAAUGGAGAGAAUUAAGCUCCAAGGUGAGAAAGCCAGAGGACAUUAUGAAUUGGGUUGAAUGGAUCAUCUCCCAUUCUCUUUUGCGUAUUGCUGAGGUCAACCCGCAAGGUUUGGAUACUUUCUGGCUCAACCAAGGUGCAUAUCUGUUUCUCAGUUUGACGCAAAGCGCACAAGAAGAAGUGCAGGAGCGGGCUGCAACUGGGCUAGCAACAUUUGUAGUCAUUGAUGACGAAAACGCUAAUGUUGACAGUGGAAGGGCUGAAGCAGUUUUGCAAGAUGGCGGGAUUCGCCUUCUGUUGAACCUUGCAAAAUGUUGGCAGGAGGGGAUUCAGUCGGAAGCUGCAAAGGCUAUAGCAAACUUAUCUAUGAAUACCAAUGUUGCAAAAACUGUUGCCGAGGAAGGAGGUAUAAGUAUCCUAACAGAUCUGGCUAGGUCUGUGAAUAGGUUGGUUGCUGAAGAGGCUGCUGGAGGACUGUGGAACCUCUCAGUUGGGGAAGAGCAUAAGGCUUCCAUUGCCGAAACAGGUGGCUUAAAAGCUUUAGUCAAUCUUAUCUUCAAAUGGUCCGUGAAUGGUGGUGAGGGGGUUCUGGAACGGGCUGCUGGUGCAUUGGCGAACCUUGCAGCUGAUGACAAAUGUAGCUUGGAAAUCGCUUCAGUGGGUGGUGUUCAUGCGCUGGUAACGCUUGCGCAAAAGUGCAUGGCUGAAGGAGUUCAAGAACAGGCAGCUCGUGCCUUGGCAAAUCUGGCUGCUCAUGGAGAUAGCAACAACAACAAUGCUUCUGUUGGACAAGAAGCGGGAGCUCUCGAGGCACUUGUUAUUCUUACGCGUUCUCCCCAUGACGGUGUUAGGCAAGAAGCUGCGGGAGCAUUGUGGAACUUGUCGUUUGAUGAUAGGAACCGAGAAGCAAUUGCAGCAACCGGUGGUGUUGAAGCUUUGGUUGCUCUUGCAAAAUCCUGUUCAGAUGCCUCUCCCGCUCUUCAGGAGAGGGCUGCUGGUGCUCUAUGGGGCUUGUCUGUUUCAGAAACAAAUAGUAUUGCUAUUGGACAAGAAGGCGGUAUAGCACCACUUAUAGCACUGGCGAGAGUUGAAGCUGAGGAUGUCCAUGAGACGGCUGCUGGUGCUCUUUGGAAUCUCGCCUUCAAUUCCGGUAACGCUCUUCGAAUAGUGGAGGAAGGGGGAGUUCCUGCCCUCGUUCAUCUUUGUUCUACUUCGGUAUCGAAAAUGGCACGCUUCAUGGCUGCAUUGGCGUUGGCCUAUAUAUUCGACGGAAGAAUGGACGAAGUUGCACUUCUGGGAAGUGCAUCGGAGAACGCCUCGAAGAGUGUGAAUUUACAUGGCGCUAGAAGAAUGGCUUUGAAACACAUCGAGGCUUUCGUGCUUGCGUUUUCUGAUCCGCAAGCAUUCUCUGCCGCUGCAGCAUCGUCGGCCCCUGCAGCGUUGACUCAAGUGACUGAAUUAGCGCGAAUUCAUGAAGCGGGUCAUCUUCGAUGCAGUGGAGCUGAGAUCGGAAGAUUUGUAAAGAUGCUACAAAAUCCUUCGUCUGUUCUUAAAGCAUGUGCUGCGUUCGCCCUUCUUCAGUUCACCAUCCCGAGUGGGAGGCAUGCGAUGCAUCACGUAUGCCUUCUGCAGAAUCCGAGCGCAUCGCGCAUUUUGCGUGCCGCAGCAGCUUCCGCCAGUGCUCCGCUCGAAGCCAAAAUCUUUGCGAGAAUUGUCCUGCGCAACCUGGAGCAUCACCAGACAGAAUCUUCGUUGAAAUACUAGGUUGUCUGCCCAGUGUUGUACUUUCCUGUUCCUUUGCAACAUAGAUUCCUUGAUGUUUUUCAACCCCCCCUUUGUACUGUAUCUAUUUUUAGCUGAAAUGUGAUAUAUAGAACCUGUUGGGAAGGCAUUGGUACAAAAUCCAAUUGCUUGAGAAUUUUCGUGUUUUAUGUUUGAUGGUAUAAACAUUCUUCUGAGAUGAAGUGUUUGUUUCCUUGUAUUCCUAUCAGUUUAUAGUCUUAUAGAAUUACAUUCAUGCUCA